AUGAUCGAAAGUGGCAUCCUUAUAAGAAGAGACUAUCCUGAAUUUUCUUACCUUUGCAUCUAUCCUCUCAGUCCAACCACACCACCACCCAAGCACGAUGAAGAUUCUCUUGGCCAUACCUGUAGUGGCAUCGUUCCUCCAGGCAGCUGUCGUCAAAUCAUGUACGACAUUCUGGACAGUGAAACCUUGAGCAAGGUCUGCCAUGAACGCUACUAUACCAGUUUGAAGGAGUUUCGAGCCAAGGUCGUAUCUGCAUGCAACACUGAGAUGGAUGCAGUGGCCUUUAAACACAAAAACACCAUCUUUCCACCAACGUAUAUGGUCGAUCUUCUGCUGCUUUCAUAUGAAGUCUAUUGCUAUCAAGACCUGGACACUGGGAAAUUCUGCGAUCUUCAGUUGGCAGAAUGGCGAAAUCACAGGGAGUCAGACAAACCACUUAGGUGUGAGGACUGUCUUCUUGGUCCACAGAGGGUGCAGCUGCAAGCACCUAUCGGCUAUGACCAGGACGAUGCAGACAAGUUCCAUGACUUGACGUCGAGUUGCAGUGCUACUGGCUAUGAAUAUGCAACACCCACGCAGUAUGCAACAGGGUCCACCGAUUGCUCGGGCCCAGGUGACCACGACGACUAUGUGGUUGUACCUCGACUACAUCUACCUCUGGAAUGA